AGGAGGAAAAACCGUCCUUCAGGUCUCCGCCUCUCCACUCCCAACGCUUUACUCCCUACUCCCUCUGCGAACACUACACAGCCAGCUACGGAGGCCCCUAAAGGACAAACAUCCUCCGGGCCCUGGUGUAUCCUAAAAGGUUUUGUCCUUGUUACUCCCUCCGGUCCUAAGGCUCUGCGUUCAAUUUUUGUCAGAAUUUCGGACUCUCGAAUUUCUCCCAGCAGCAGGAACUCCAAGGCUCUCCACGGAAGCAAAAGCUGUCUUUUGUUUUGUUUUGUUUUAUUUUGCCGCUGGGACCGUCCGCAUUCCUUCCCUCCCACCUCGCGGAAUUGUGGCGGGAGGGGGAGGAGGAAGUCGAAGCGCCUGCGCGGAGAGGCCGCUUUCCAUCCGGGUCCCUGUCCGUGCGGUGCAGCAGGUCGGUAGGCGGGAAAUGGCGACUGGCUGAAGGAGCUAGUUCUGUUGCUACUACGGGCUAAGCGGGAAAGACACCAGACAUUGCGCAGUCGGGACUAUCGACGGAGCUUGAGGACACUUCUCUGUCGUCACAGUUAGUUUUACAUGUGGCACUCAUAAAAGAUGAGGCUGAGAACACGGAAAGCUUCUCAGCAAUCGAAUCAAAUCCAAACACAACGUACUGCCAGAGCAAAGAGGAAAUAUUCAGAGGUAGAUGAUAGCCUUCCUUCAGGAGGAGAAAAACCACAGAAGAAUGAAACUGGCUUGUUGUCUUCAAUUAAAAAAUUCAUUAAAGGAAGCACACCCAAGGAAGAGAGAGAAAAUCCUUCGAAGCGGAGUAGAAUUGAACGUGAUAUAGAUAAUAAUUUGAUUACAUCAACACCAAGAACAGGAGAAAAGCCUAACAAACAGAUAUCUCGAGUAAGACGGAAAAGUCAAGUAAAUGGAGAAGCUGGUAGUUUUGAGAUGACAAAUCAACAUGUAAAACAAAAUGGAAAAUUAGAAGAUAAUCCUUCCUCUGGCAGUCCUCCAAGGACUACAUUGUUGGGGACCAUAUUUUCUCCUGUGUUCAACUUUUUUUCACCAGCAAAUAAAAAUGGAACAUCAGGAUCAGAUUCCCCAGGACAGGCUGUGGAAGCUGAAGAGAUAGUAAAACAACUUGAUAUGGAACAGGUGGAUGAGAUCACUACCAGUACUACUACAUCAACUAAUGGAGCAUCUUACUCAAAUCAAGCAGUGCAAGUGAAGCCAUCAAUAAAUAAUGGUUUAGAAGAAGCAGAAGAAACAGUUAAUCGUGAUAUCCCAUCCCUUACAGCACCAGUAACUCCAGAUAGUGGUUAUUCAUCAGCCCAUGCAGAGGCCACCUAUGAAGAAGACUGGGAAGUAUUUGACCCCUAUUACUUCAUCAAGCAUGUUCCACCACUGACAGAAGAACAACUAAAUAGGAAACCUGCUCUUCCAUUGAAAACAAGAAGCACACCAGAAUUCUCCCUAGUUUUAGAUCUGGAUGAAACAUUAGUGCACUGUAGUCUCAAUGAGCUAGAAGAUGCAGCACUUACUUUUCCAGUCCUUUUCCAAGAUGUCAUUUAUCAGGUUUAUGUGAGAUUAAGACCAUUCUUCAGGGAAUUCCUGGAACGAAUGUCUCAAAUGUAUGAGAUCAUUCUUUUUACUGCUUCUAAGAAGGUGUAUGCAGACAAGUUACUGAACAUACUAGACCCUAAAAAGCAACUGGUCAGGCACCGGCUUUUCCGUGAACAUUGUGUUUGUGUACAAGGAAACUAUAUAAAAGACUUAAAUAUCCUUGGAAGAGAUCUUUCAAAAACUAUAAUAAUUGAUAACUCACCACAAGCCUUUGCAUAUCAGCUUUCUAAUGGAAUCCCUAUAGAAAGCUGGUUUAUGGAUAAAAAUGACAAUGAACUCCUGAAAUUAAUUCCAUUUCUGGAGAAGCUUGUAGAACUGAAUGAAGAUGUCCGACCUCACAUCAGAGACAGAUUUCGCUUGCAUGAUUUGCUGCCCCCAGAUUAAAUACAAAGACUUGUCAAAUCACUGAAGGGGGAAAGAAUGCAGGACCCUUUUGGACUAAGACAAAAACAUUGCCAUUACUGUUGAAAUUUUGCAUUUUUGUACCCCGUCUUGCUUUUCUUAUCUUUGGUGCCCAAUAAUAAUCAAGGGUUACAGAAAGAGACAUUCUCUAUCUCAGAUUGAAUACAUACAGUAGGUAGGCUAAAACAGAAGAGUCUUUAGAACUAGUGCAACUCCAGAGGAAAUUUUUUUAUGUACAGGACAUCUGCAGUUUAUAAAGAAUUCUGUUUCUGCCACCAGCAGUUUGACCUGUAGUCACACAGGAUUUUAUGAUAAUAACAGAGAUGAAAAUGGACUUUUAUUUUCUCUCUGUUUGGUGCUCUAAGUGGGUUUGUAGCCACUUUUCUGUUACUUUAAGAUUCUCAUUUCAACAGGAAUGGCCAGUAAAAGUUGUUUUAUUUUUCCUGUUAAGGUUUAUAACCUUUUUACAUUUUUGACCUGUAUUAGAUUAGAAUUUCAUUAUGCAUUCCUUUUAGUUGAGGCGCUUCUUAGUUUUCUGGAAAUAGUAAAUUUUUAGUUUUUUAUUAUACAUUUGAAUGGCCGUUUUCCUGCUUUGUCUGCCUGCAUAUUGUAUAUUUGUUUAAAAAUAUUCUCUACUUUUAGUCCAUGUAAGUUUCAUUUAGAAAGACAUGCAUUUAUAUUUGUUUCUGUAAUAUUCUCCUGUAGGUGAAAUCUUUUCAGAAAUCAAGAGACUGGGUAAAUAAGAAUAUAUGAAUGACUAAUAUUCAAAAGAUGUUUAAACCAUUGUGAUGGCAUGUAUUCCAAAUGGUGAUAUCUUGCAAUGGCACACAGAUUUAAUGGAUAAAGGUAUACCUCAGACUUCACUGUGCUCACCAAUCUUUGAGGAGAAUGAGUUUGGUCACCUGAUGGGCUUGAUUUGAUUACUGCUGCCUUUGGUUUUCUCCAGGAAUGAAGUAUUCAGCACAGUGACUCAGUAUUUUUAUUAUUUUGCAUGGGCUGGUAGUACCUCUGUUAUGCUUUUGGUUACAAUCAAUUUAAAACUCUGUGUAACAGUCUUGGUACCUAACAGUAGCUAUGCAUAAUCCUGUGGCACAGUACACUCCAGGCCACCAAUGCAGUUAAUACGUUCUCAUAGUGGUUUUCUAUGCUAUAUGAAAAUAGUCUUUAAGCCUUGGUUCUCUAAUGCGGCUACCAUAAGAGGUGGAUAUUUUUAUAGUGGUGUGUAAUCUCCUUUUCGGGAGGCUUUUUAUGGAAGGUAGAAUUUGUAAAAGUUAGUAUGCUUUGCCUCUCGACUGCAUUAACAUGCCACAGGCUCAGACUGUUUUUGUGUAAAGGAUGUCAAAGAACGGCACUUUUUCUAAAGAGAAGUUUGAUAUUUUGUAUGCUUGUUAAGAAAGUACAGUAUUGGAAAUUAAAGGUGGACAACUGAUAAUUGAGGAGUAUGUCAGUUAAUUUUUUAUGUAUAUUACCUGUUUACUUGUACAACUUAAUUGUACAAAUUACAUGCAGCUUCAUUUUCAAAUGAGUCCUUAAAAUAAGGAAAUCUUUUUAGGAAAACAUUUAAUUUUUGUAUUUUUGAUUUUAAAGGCAUGAGUUAUGUCAAUUUUCAGUGUAUUAAGAUUUUAACUUUUCAUCAGGUUGAGUGUUUUCUUACUAUAUUAUCUGUUGUGUAUGUAGUUAGCAUAUUGUGUCACUGAACUGUUUAAAAAAUUUAGCAUGUAGAGCAAGCCUGUUUUGUGGAAAAUCCUUAUUCAUUAAAAAAAUAAUCAUGGCAGAUUUUCUGCAAAAAAAAAAAAAGGCAAAAGCAUU